UUUUUAUUAUUGAAUAGGAUUGAAAAACAAAGAUGUAGACAGGCAGUGGGGAGGCUGUUUCUUCUUGGUUCUUGUUUUUUGUGAGCCACCGUUGGCAAGGCUGUCCACUCGUGUAGGCAUGGGAACCCGUUAAAGAAAGUGUUGAUUCACUAGAGCGAAGCAGAACUCAGUGGCCUUUGUGUGUGGUGAAUGCUCCCGGAAAGGCAAAGAAGAGCGAGAUUCUCCUGUGGGCUUUCUCAUCUCCAUGGCGGUAGGUGCUGACAGCUUGAGAGAGAGAGCCCGAGGAAGAAGAGACAAAAGGUGCCUCGCUGCGGCCCUCUUACAAGAUGAAAAGGCCAUGGGGUUUGGACCUAAACUUCAUUAUCCGUAAUUAAGAGUAAAGGUAGAAGUAGGGUAAAGGAGUUGAAUCUGAACUGCUGUUCCAGUCAGCUCUGUGCUGUCCUGUCCGGGAGGACACCAGGAAGAGGAACGGCCUGGAAGAGAGGAAGCAGCAGGAACCCAAGGUUUUAACUGGAAACCCAAACCAACAGAAAGCAACUGGCCUUGAACUAUUUCUGCUACCAAACUCACCUGGAUGCCCGCAGGCCAUCGGCAAGAAUGAGCUACUACGGCAGCAGCUACCCGAUCGUGAAUGUGGACCCCAAGUACCCAGGUUACCCCCCGGAGCACAUCAUCGCGGAGAAGAGGCGGGCCCGCCGCCGCCUGCUGCACAAAGACGGCAGCUGCAACGUGUACUUCAAGCACAUCUUCGGGGAGUGGGGCAGCUACGUGGUGGACAUCUUCACCACCCUGGUCGACACCAAGUGGCGCCACAUGUUCGUCAUCUUCUCCCUGUCUUACAUCCUCUCCUGGCUGAUCUUUGGCUCCAUCUUUUGGCUGAUCGCCUUUCACCACGGAGACCUGCUGAAUAACCCAGACAUCACGCCCUGUGUUGACAACGUCCAUUCUUUCACGGGUGCCUUUUUAUUCUCCCUGGAGACCCAGACCACCAUCGGCUACGGCUACCGCUGUGUCACCGAGGAGUGCUCUGUGGCCGUGCUCACCGUCAUCCUCCAGUCCAUCCUCGGCUGCAUCAUCAAUACCUUCAUCAUCGGAGCGGCCUUGGCCAAGAUGGCCACGGCUCGGAAGAGAGCCCAGACCAUCCGCUUCAGCUACUUCGCCCUCAUCGGCAUGAGAGACGGGAAGCUCUGCCUCAUGUGGCGGAUCGGGGACUUCCGGCCCAACCACGUGGUGGAAGGCACCGUGCGGGCCCAGCUUCUCCGCUACACAGAAGACAGCGAGGGCCGCAUGACAAUGGCCUUUAAAGACCUCAAGUUGGUCAAUGACCAGAUUAUCCUCGUCACACCGGUCACCAUUGUUCAUGAAAUCGACCAUGAGAGCCCUCUGUACUCCCUGGACCGGAAGGCAGUGGCCAAGGACAACUUUGAGAUUUUGGUGACAUUCAUCUACACGGGCGACUCCACAGGGACCUCCCACCAGUCCCGGAGUUCCUACGUCCCCCGGGAGAUUCUCUGGGGUCACAGGUUCAACGAUGUCUUGGAGGUGAAGAGAAAGUACUACAAAGUGAACUGCUUACAGUUCGAGGGGAGCGUGGAGGUCUACGCCCCCUUUUGCAGCGCCAAACAACUGGACUGGAAGGACCAGCAGCUCCACAACAUGGAAAAGGCCCCCGGAGGCCGAGGAUCCGGGCUGUCAGACACCAAGGUCAGGAGAAGGUCAUUUAGUGCCGUCGCCAUUGUCAGCAGCUGCGAAAGCCCCGAGGAGACCCCCAGCUCUGGCCUGGAUGAGUGUAAGGAAGCCCCUUACCAGAAGGCUCUCCUGACUUUAAACAGAAUCUCCGUGGAAUCCCAAAUGUAGUCCCACAUCGUAAUUCCACUCCAUCCUUUCGCUCUCUAGCCAGUCACCUUAAGGCAAGUAGUUACAAAACAGGGCUUUACAAGAACACUGUAGCUGUGUUUCAUGCUGAUUAUCAGAGCAGGUUAAACUUGAUGAAAGAUAAUAAAAAAUUAUGUAGUAUCCAAUCAAUUUUCUUUUGCUAGCAAAUUUUGUAUUAGGGAUGCUACUAAGCGUCAAUUGAUUAAUGUAAGUUUCAUCUCCUUUUAUGAUUCCAUAUACUUGCAUCUUCAAUUGGAGGUAUAAUGUUCCAUUUUGGGGGAGAAAGGUGGAAGGUAAGGAUACUGGAAUAAAUAAAAACAGAACAGGCAACCAGUAUCAAUAAUAAUAAUAUUUCAUAUAUCAUAAUUCAUAGUGUAAAGACAUCGUACCAUCUAACCAAGACCCAUGCAAGGCACGCAUUUAGUAGAUUGUCAUGUUGAGAUAUUUAACUGUGGCAUCAGCUUUCCCCAUGGAGUCCCUCUGCUUGCCCCCCAGUGUGUCUCGGCAUCCGCAGGAGGAGGUAGCGGCUGUGAGGAAUAGGCAAUGCCACCAACUCAGACAUUUCUCCACAGCCACUUGCCCAGGUAGUGUUCAGUGAGUGCCAGGCUGCUUUUCCUCCAACCUUGAGGCAGAAGAGAAGCCAGUGGCGUUAUUCAGAGCAGUAUUUCUCCCUCACAUGCCCCGCUUGACUCCAGCCAGGAAGGGCAGACAUAAGGAAGCGCUUUCUGACAAGGGGGUUUCCUCCUACCUUCUCCAAGGACAAGGGAGGGAGCAGGCUCACAGAGAGAGGGUGAGGGCCUGGACUGCGAGGGACAUUCUCAGGCUCUGGGAGAAAACCUGUUCAGCAGCGCCCUGAGGACUGCAGCUUUCCUGGGGGGGCGGGGGGGGGGGCAAGGUAUUUAUUUGUGCGAGGAAGCAGUUAUGUAUGCUGCCUGUCUUGGUCACUUGACAAAACUUGAACUUUGGAUUUUGAGAAAUUUUUCCAUCAAAUUUAGAAGAAUCAUUUAAAUGGAAGAUUUUUGUGAAAUGUAAUUAAAGUAAUUUAAUGCACAUUUUAAAAUGAAGAAGCUGAGGGCUGUCCCAUAGCUUACACUUGAGGACAUGAGCUAUGUCUGGAUACUCUAUUUCCAUAAUUACUUUAAACACAAAUUCAAUCACUACGAUGAAGAGUCACUUUGCUCCAUAAACUGAAGAGUUAUUAGCUACAUUCAGAAUUAUCUGCAUGUUUUCUUAACAUGAUUUCCGAGUGGGCAAUCAGUAUAUGCCACAGUUUUUUUAUUGGUUUAUUUUAUUUAAAUAUAAAUAUACACGCACAUAGUUUUUACUUUUUCUGGGGACUCUCAGUCUCUCUCUUUCUAUUUAAAUUAAAGCACACAAGUAACUUGAUCUGAAUCACAUACUACAAGAUGACCAAUCAAAGUAAAAUACAUAGGUUUAUAAAAUGGUGUUCUUUUUUUUCCUUUUUGCCUUUUUCCUCUCUCCUCCCCUUUCUUCCUUUUUUCCUUUCCCUCUUUCUUUUGCCUGUGAGCAACAAAUUUAUCUUUUUAACUGAACAUGUGCACAUCUCUUAUUCCUGUUUUAUGGAUAAGAGAUUUGUCCAGGUCACAAGUGCAAGCUUAGCAUUGGAGAUACAAAUGAUGCGCGCUUUCUGCCUGGCCCCAGGAACGCAGAUGCAUUUUCCCUUGCACGGGCGUCUAGAUUUGGGCUUUGCAGCCAUGAUCUAGUUUCCUUUCACUUUCCUUUGCUUCCUGGACCGCAUCGACCCACAACCUCACUUUGUGAGGAUCAGAAUGGAGACAUCAGCGUUCAAUAACUUGUCAAAUUCUCUUACCCAGAACAGAAUGUAAGCUAGGCAUUCCCCUGUAAUAUUUAUCUCUGAUUUUCUGUUGAAAUGUAUCACAUGCUUCGACACCCUGAUGAGUUACUCAACAAUAAAGAUCUCAAAAAUCAGAAA